AUGCCGGCAAACACCAAACCCAAGCUGCCCCAGCUGACCACGCCCGUCAGCGCGACCUUCCCCUCCGAGGCCGUCCUCUCAACAGCACCCUCAACCUCGACUCCUCUCUCCGCCAAGCCCAUGUCGGCCUGCUCGUACUACCCUCCAGCAGCAAAGACCCCCAUCAGCCCGCCCACAGCAUACACAGACUUCCUCAAGUCCGUGUCCGCCGGCUCGCUCUCACCGUCCACCCUAACGCCCCCCAACUCUGGCUCCAGCUCCAGCUCCAGCUCCAGCUCAGCUUCCGGCCCAGCCACCUCAGGCGAGAGCCCCAUGGCCUCCCCCGCCUCCUCAGACUCGGAGCCGUCCACCGCCACAAGCGACCGGACAGAUUGCUCCUGCAAAUGCGACGUUCACCACCAUCACCAGCACCACCACCACCACCACCACCACCGCAACCUCAAGGGCCCCGCCACCGCGCCCGUCGUGCCCCCGAGCCCCUUCACCCAGUCGCUGCCCAUGUCCGCACCGCCCAACGGCGCCGACUCGUUCCCCAGCCUCAAGAUCCCCGUGUCGCCCGCCUUCUCCUACCUGGACUCGCCCCGGAGCGCCACCCCGACCACCGCCCGCUCCCCCUUCAGCGCGCGGUCCGUCCACUCCGUCUUCGACUGGGACGCCGUCCUCAAGGCCAGGAAGAAGCCCUCCCGGACGAGCGUCCGCCACGUCAGCCAAGUCGUCACCCGCACCGUGACCUACCACGCCACCCCGAGGAUGAAUCCCGCGCCGAGGGGGAAGAGGCGCAAGGUCGAACACACCCCGUCAUGA